AAGCGGCUCGGCUCGGCCCGGUGACUCGCCAUUAACAACCAUCUCCUCCACAUCUCGUAGUACUCGCUGAACAUGGCCUCUCCUAGCAAGCGCCGCAUCGAAACCGAUGUCAUGAAGAUGCUCAUGUCCGACUACGAGGUUUCGCUCGUCAAUGAUAGUAUGCAGGAAUUCUAUGUCAGAUUCUAUGGGCCAAGCGAAACACCCUUUGCUGGCGGUGUCUGGAAGAUCCAUGUCGAACUGCCGGACCAGUAUCCCUUCAAAUCACCCAGUAUCGGAUUCAUGAACAAGAUAUUCCAUCCCAACAUCGAUGAGCUGAGCGGCUCGGUCUGUCUCGAUGUAAUCAAUCAAACAUGGUCGCCAAUGUUCGACAUGAUAAACAUAUUUGAAGUGUUUCUCCCCCAGCUGCUCAGAUACCCAAACCCAAAUGACCCCCUGAAUGGCGAAGCGGCUGCGCUGUUAAUGCGCCAUCCGAAGGAAUAUGAGGCAAAGGUCAAAGAAUAUGUUCAACGAUUUGCCACUAAGGAAGCUGCAGAUGCUGCCACAGACGGCAAGGAAGACGAGGACGAAGACGAGGAGAUGAGCGACAUUGGGAGCAUCAGUGACGCAGAGUAACCGCUCUUGCUGCCGUUCUAUCUCCCCCUCCCUGCUCCCUUCCACUUAUUUAUCCAUUGAUGAUCAUAUCUAAUCAUCUGUAUGAUGUCGCUGCGCAGCUUUCCUCUUUUAACUGUACAUACCUAGCGGUCAAGGCCCCUUGACAUACAUAUCCUCAUCUCACUGGUUUCUUAUCGUUUACAUGUAAAAAUUCGGACAAUAAUAGAAGG